CCGGUGGUCAGCGAUUCGGGAAUAAAAUCAACAUCCUCCUGCACAAUCAAGAACCCAAAACGUAAUUAUAAAGCAUUUACUAGUCCCGCUCUAACCAGCUGCGCAUCCUAUCCUCCACUCCAUUCCACCAUGAUGGACCUGUACAGGCGCACGGUGACGCGCUUCCCCCUGGGCAGCGUAAGCUAUAUGUUUGCCUACGGAUCGGGCGUCAAGCAGCAGGUGGGCUACAACGAGAUCGGCGCAAGGCCGGCCCCGAAUAGCGUCAUCGAUCUGGUGUUUUGUGUGCGCGACUCGCUCGGCUUCCACGCGGAGAACAUGCACCGCCAUCCCAGCCACUAUUCGGCGUUGAGGCACCUGGGUCCGCGGUUUGUGGCACAGUACCAGGAGCGGUUGGGUGCCGGUGUAUACUUCAACACGCUGGUGCCACUGCAGGACGUGGGGCUGACCAUCAAGUACGGAGUGGUGUCGGAGGACAACCUGAUCGAGGAUCUGAAGCACUGGCGGCACCUGUAUCUGGCCGGGCGGCUUCAGAAGCCGGUCACGGAUCUCGUUAAUCCCACAGACAAUCCACUGCUGAAGUCCGCCCUCGACAAGAACCUGUUGUCGGCCCUCCUAGUGGCCCUGCUGCUGCUGCCCGAGAAGUUCACCGCCUACGAGCUGUUCCUGGCCAUUGCCGGUAUCAGCUACAAGGGCGACUUCCGCAUGAUCUUCGGCGAGAACAAGCAAAAGGUCCACAACAUAGUGACGCCGCAGAUAACCGAGUUCUUCGCCCUCUACCAGCCGUCCAUGAGUCUGCUGGACAAGUACGUGGCCGUCAACAUGCACGGGCAGGAGCCGGGCUCCCGCAAGCCGGCCAUUCUCUUUGAGCAGGACAAGUCGCGCCUGGCCACGUCGCAGCAUUUGCGCCGCAUGCCCAAGGAGCUGAGGCGACGUCUCCAGAGCAAUGCCGCCAGUCGCGGAGACUUCCCCGAAGUGGUGGAGCAUCUGUCUAUGUCCCCGCUGCUGCCGAAGGUCCUGCAGGCCUCCGUCAACGACAUCGUGUGGCGCAGCAGUGUGACGCAGUCGUUGAAGAACAUCGCCAGUGCGGGAGUCUUAAAGUCGCUCAUCUACAGCUACCGCAAGGCCCAGAAGACGUUUGCGGUUUAGGUCCGUCCCAUCCAAAAUCCAAUCCAAAUCUUCGACUCCUUUUCGGCAUUCAAAAUGCUCCCUAGGCUGCCAUUUACUGACUAAGUUGCUUCGUCUCCCGCUUCCUUAUGUUGUAUAAUUUUAAGCACAAAAGUUGUUACAUUCAAUACAGAGACAGUAGCUCAAAAGCGAAA